CCCCAGCACGGUGCCCCCAAACCCCACUUUCCCGUGCGGUGCCCCCAAACCCCAUUUCCCUCCACGUCCUGACCCCCCAGCCUAGUGCCCCUGCAUCCUGCACCCCCCCAGCCUGUGCCCCUGUAUCCUGGCACCCCCAAACCCCAGCCCCCCCGUGUCCUGCACACCCCACCUAGCCCAGUGCCCCCAUAUCCUCCCCCCCGCCUGGUAUCCCUGUAUUCUGGCACCUCCAAACCCCAGUGAACCCUGUGUCCUGCACACACCCCAAGCCCGCAUAUCCCAGUGCUCUUGUAUCCCACUGGCCCACUGUAUCCCGGCACCCCCAGCAUCCCGCACCCCCCAUAUCCCAGCGCCCCCAAACCCCGGCGCCUGCGGCUGGGCGAUGAGCGAGCUCAAGGACUGCCCGCUGCAGUUCCAUGACUUCAAGUCAGUGGAUCACCUGAAAGUCUGCCCGCGCUACACUGCCGUGCUGGCCCGCUCCGAGGACGAUGGCAUUGGCAUUGAGGAGCUCGACACGCUGCAGUUGGAGCUGGAGACGCUGCUGUCCUCGGCCAGCCGCAGGCUGCGGGUGCUGGAGGCAGAGACGCAGAUUUUGACAGACUGGCAGGACAAGAAGGGGGACAGGCGGUUCCUGAAGCUGGGCAAAGAGCAUGAACUGGGCACCCCAGUUAAACAUGGAAAGCCCAAGAAGCAGAAACUAGAGGGGAAGGGUGGUCACGGCACAGGGCCUGGCCCUGGGCGGCCUAAAUCCAAGAACCUCCAGCCCAAGAUCCAAGAAUAUGAGUUUCCAGACGACCCAGUUGACAUGCCUCGGAUCCCCAAAAAUGAUGCCCCGAACAGGUUCUGGGCCUCCGUGGAGCCCUACUGUGCUGACCUCACGAGUGAGGAGGUGCGAACCCUGGAGGAGCUGCUCAAACCCCCAGAGGAUGAGGCUGAGCACUACAAGAUCCCACCCCUGGGGAAGCAUUACUCUCACCGCUGGGCCCAGGAGGAUCUGCUGGAGGAGCAGAAGGAUGGUGCCCGGGCAGCAGCUGCUGCUGACAAGAAGAAAGGCAUCCUGGGACCGUUAACAGAACUGGACACAAAAGAUGUGGAUGCCCUGCUGAAGAAGUCAGAGUCCCAGCAGGAGCAGCCUGAGGACGGCUGCCCAUUUGGGCCCUUGACGCAGCGCCUCCUGCAAGCACUUGUCGAGGAAAACAUCAUCUCACCCAUCGAGGACUCCUCGAUCCCAGAGCUGGUGGGCAAAGACUCGGGAGCUGACGGUGCCGGUACUUCGCCCCGCAGCCAGAACAAACCCUUCAGCGUCCCCCACACCAAGUCCCUGGAGGGACGGCUCAAAGAGGAGCUGAUUGCCCAAGGCCUGCUGGAGUCAGAGGACCGCCCUCCUGAGGACUCGGAGGAUGAGGUCCUGGCGGAGCUGCGCAAAAGGCAGGCCGAGCUCAAGGCGCUCAGCGCUCACAACCGGGCCAAGAAGCAGGAGCUGCUCAGGCUGGCCAAGGACGAGCUGCACAGGCAGGUUCUGCGGCAGCGGGUGCGCAUGGCUGACAAUGAGGUCAUGGAUGCCUUCCGCAAGAUCAUGGCGGCGCGCCAGAAGAAGCGCACGCCCACCAAGAAGGAGAAGGACCAGGCCUGGAAGACCCUGAAGGAGCGGGAGAGUAUCCUGAAGCUCCUGGAUGGCUAAUGGGGAAGGGCCACAUCCUGCCCUGUCUCUCCAGACUGGCCGCGCAGCUGGGCUCCCUGCACUGACAGCUCCUUGCUGGGGACAGGGAGGCUCCAACCCUGGGCCUUAGCAGUGACUUCCCCGUCCCUGUCUCCAGUGGGGCUGGGCACAGGCUCAGCUCUGCCUGUAGCCAGGCUGGAGGGGUUUGCCAGGCCCUGGGAGGCAGAGCCCACCUGCGUGUCCCCGCCUGUGGCUCUGCACCUGGUAGCACCUCCCUGAGCAGCUGUCCGUACUCCCCCUUCUCCCUGGGGUGCUCAGCUUCUCUGCAUCUCCCUUCCCUACUGUGCUGUGCAAGGGGCGCUCUCCCUUUCCAGCCAAGGGCCCUUCUCCUAGGCCUGUUCUUCAGACCCCUGCUGCAGCUAAGGGCAGGAGAGGGCUCCCUCACCCGUCUGCCUGUAGGCAGCACCCUUUCCUUUCUGGCCCAUCUGGCUGUUGACCCAGAGCCCUUGUCUGGCUGCAGAAAAGAGCCACCCAUCAGCCCUGGGACCACACAAGCACAGCUGCCUGUCUGGAAGGAUCACUGGUCCCUAGAGGGCAGUUCCUGCUGCCUCCCUCCUGGUCCCAUGGGCAAGGGCAGGGUCUAACCAGCCCUGCUAGCGUAGCCCCAGCCUCCAAGGGGCUGAGCUCCCCUGUGCUGGGGAACACAGCCUGAAGUCAAGCAGGGAGGCGCUGCCUGGAGAAACCAGCGGCUGGCUUCACCCGUAGUUGGGUGCCCCCCACAGUGCCCAAUUGUGAGCAGUAGAGGGUGCUGUGACCCUGCGAACAGCCGCUCCUGCAGCCAGCUGGGCCCUGCUGUUAUUCUUGGAAAGCCGUGACAGCCAUGACAUCAGCCGCGCUGCAGCGGGGGGCUGGAGCAGCUGCAGCCCCCAGUCUCACUUCCUGGGUGGGGAGAGACAGACCUGCUGCACAGUGCAUCUCCAUUCCACUUCCAGCUCAGUCCCCAGGUGUGGAGAGCUGCCAAAGCAGGGGCCUGUAGCUAUGCCCCUGUCCCCUCCCCCCCCCGGGCGGGGGGCUGGCUCCUGGGGGAGCGGGGCUAGAAGGCUCUAUGGCUGGGGGCUGUCCAGCCCCAGGAGGGGGCAGCCGAAGUGCAGGGGGAAGGUGAGGCCCAAAGGGCAGCCCCUCACUUUGCCUCAGGCCAGUGCAGCAGUGGGGUCAGAGCAUGCCCCUGCUGUCCAGGUUACGCCAGGGCAGAUCUAGUGGUGCUGGGUGGGCAGAAAGGUGGUAGCAAAUGGAGGGGCAGGGGCUGGAUCUCUGCCUCUGUCUAGCCAGUGACUAGCCCCUGGGUGGGGGUGGGCAGCAGGGCCUGCUCCAGGGGCAAGCUCAGCCAGGCCAUCUGCCCUGCAGCAGGGAGGGCCCCACUCCACUUGGGGGCCUCUGGGGCCUGUGUGCCCCCUGCAGUCCUGCACUCAGCUGCAGAGGCGCCCUGUGUAAGUCUUGCCUCUCGGGGGGAGGCACAGGCCGUGCCUGGCUGGGAGAGCUCUGGGUUGUAGGAGCCAUCCCUAUGGGAGGGCAGGGACACCGUGGCUAGGGCUGUGUCACUGGGCAGAACCCAGAGGGAUUGAGCUGGGGCCAGGCAGGGUCCUGGGCUCCCCUCUGCUUAGGGGGAGUGGCCUCAUUGCUGCUGAGAUUUGAGGCUCGGGGGCUUCUCAGCACCGAGGGGUGCACUGGCGGCUGCAGGGCGGAGCAGUGCUGAGCCUGACCCUUAGGCAGGGCUCUACCUGUGAAUGACAGCUUUUUAGCUGGUGGGGGAGGGGAGCCAGGUGCUGUGACCGGGGUGGUGGGGGGGAUUGAGGUGGCUGUGCACCCAUCUCAUGUCAGUGCCCAGCACCACCACCCAUGGGAGAGUGGGUGAGUGCUCUCUGCACAGGCCCUGCCAGGGACUGGUGGGCAGGAGAGCAAAGCCCCCUCCAAACCUAGUGGCAGCCCACAGGGCAGGGCGGGAGAAAGCUGCUACUUGCCUUGGGGAAGGUGGGGGGAGACGGUUGGAGUCCUAGCACCAGCUGCCUUCUGGGCUUCCCAAAUGCAGCUGUCUGCCCUUGGCCUCCCCCAGCUGAGGGUGCACAGGAUGGAACCCCUCUGGUUCCAGCUAGAGAAACCUUUGUUUUCUCUCCAGCCAUUUCUUCACUCACCUCCCUGUUCACUGGGAGGCUGUGGGCCAGGUUGGGGCUGGUCAUUGGGCCCACUGGUCUGGGGGGUGGCCAGAGGGCCCUUGCACCACUUUCUCUGAAAGCUUGAAUGGUCGUAUCAGAGCAUGGGUGUGGGAGCGGAUGAGGUCUGCUCCAGCCCCCAGCCAUGGUGCCAGCAGCUCCGGGAGGCCCCUGUUGUUAGUGGCCAAAACCGGAGCAAACCCCCAGCUGAUGCUAAGGCAGGAAGGUUUCCUUGUCAUUCUGGCUAGGGCAGGAAGUUUGCCAGCUGAAGUGCUGGGACUGUACCGACUAGCUGAAGGGGAACCCCGCAAAGCACUGUUGGGGGCACUAGGCUGCUGGAAUUCUGUGAGCAGCUCAAUCAUGGAGUGGGACUUCCAGAGGGCCCCAGACAGGGCCAGAGCCAGAAACCCCAGCCUAGGAUAGCCAGCAUGGCAAAGCUGAGGAGGAAGGCCUGAGGCCAUGAGCACGGCCCAGCUGUGGCUACGUGGAGAUGCCUGUGUGGCUCAUGGACUUUUCUACGCCUGCCUCGCUUCCCACAGCCUCUUCCCCAGAGAACAGUUGUAGAGUUGGAAAGUUCCUGGCCCAGGGUUGGGUCUGAGGCUGGGUGUGUAGUGUAUUUAUUAGUGAGUGAGAAAUGUAGCCACUGUUGCAGAUGACAUCAAAUUAUUUAAAUGAAGAUGGUGAAGACGGAGAGGAGCCUGUGGGAGUCUGACCCAGCGAGGAGACCAGGCGCCCCACUGGCCGAUGCCGUUCAGUGCUGACAGACACAUGGACAUUGGAAGGAAUACGGCAGCCUGCUCGCUGUACAGGGCUCUAAUGAACUGUAAUGACCCAGGAAAAAGGCCUGGGGCUUCUUGGGCCGGGUCAAUGGGAGCUCUGCUCCAUGGGCAGGAGCAGGAACAAGCAAAUAAAAAGUGGAGCUGCACAAGGAUGAAAAA